CGGGCAGGGCCGGCCGGCCGGCGGGCGGAGCGCCGCCGCCGACGCACACGAGGUGACCAGGCAUUGAUGCACCCCCAGGGAGGCCGCGCGCUCAAGGAGGCCACCCCCGCUGGCUGCUGCUCACAUGGUUUCUGGGCCCCUGGCACUCCGGUGGUACGCGUGGGCGGGGCGCGGGGACAUGGGGCCCGACAUGGAGCUGCCCAGCCACUCCAAGCAGCUCCUGCUGCAGCUGAACCAGCAGAGGACGAAGGGUUUCCUGUGUGAUGUCAUUAUCAUGGUGGAGAACUCCAUCUUCCGUGCGCACAAGAACGUCCUGGCUGCCAGCAGCAUCUACUUCAAGUCCCUGGUCCUGCACGACAACCUCAUCAACCUGGACACAGACAUGGUCAGCUCCACAGUGUUCCAGCAGAUCCUGGACUUCAUCUACACGGGAAAACUGCUUCCCAGUGACCAGCCGGCCGAGCCCAACUUCAGCACUCUCCUCACUGCCGCCAGCUACCUCCAGCUGCCUGAGUUGGCAGCCCUUUGCCGCCGUAAACUCAAGCGAGCCGGCAAGCCCUUCGGCUCUGGUCGGGUGGGUGCCACUGGCAUGGGGAGGCCCCCCCGCAGCCAGCGGCUAUCCACAGCCUCCGUCAUUCAGGCGCGGUAUCCAGGGCUUGUGGACGGACGCAAAGGGGCCCAUACCCCCCAGGAGCUCCCCCAGGCCAAAGGCUCAGAUGACGAGCUUUUCCUCGGGGGCUCCAGCCAGGAGGGUGUGCAUGGCCUGGGCCGGGCCAUCUGUCCAGCCAGUGGGGAGGCCGGCCUGGGCAGCUGCAGCACCAAUGGGAGCAGUGGGGGCUGUGAGCAGGAGCUAGGUCUGGACCUGUCCAAGAAGAGUCCUCCCCUACCUCCUGCCACCCCCGGUCCCCCCCUGACCCCCGACGACCCGGCCCAGUUGAGUGACAGUCAGCAUGGCUCGCCCCUUUCAGCCUCCGCUCCUCCUGUUGCCAACAGUGCCUCUUAUGCUGAGCUGGGGGGCACCCCCAAUGAGCCCAUGGAUCUGGAGGGGGCCGAGGACAACCACCUGAGCCUGUUGGAGGGGCCUGGUGGGCAGCCCCGGAAGAGCCUGCGGCACUCAGCCCGCAAGAAGGAGUGGAGCAAGAAGGAGCCCAUGGUGGGGUCCCCCUUUGAGCGGAGGGAAGUGGGGCCCAAGGGCCCUUGCCCAGGGGAUGAGGGUGAGGGGCUAGGGGACAGGGUUCCCAAUGGCAUUCUGGCCAGCAAUGUUGGUGGGGGUGGCCCCAGUGGGCCCUAUGUGGAGCCCGCAUAUCCCUGCAAGGAGGAGGAGGAGAAUGGCAAGGAUGGGAGCGAGGACAGUGGGCAGAGUGGGAGUGAGGGGGGCAGCGGCCAUGCCGGCACCCACUAUGUGUACCGACAGGAAGGCUACGAGACCGUGUCCUAUGGGGACAACCUGUACGUGUGCAUCCCCUGCGCCAAAGGCUUCCCCAGCUCAGAGCAGCUCAACGCCCACGUGGAGACACACACGGAGGAGGAGCUGUUCAUUAAGGAGGAGGGAGCCUACGAGACGGGCAGUGGGGGUGCCGAGGAGGAGGCCGAGGACCUGUCGGCACCCAGUGCAGCCUACGCGGCCGAGCCCCGACCCUUCAAGUGCUCGGUCUGUGAGAAGACCUACAAGGACCCUGCCACGCUGCGGCAGCACGAGAAGACGCACUGGCUGACCCGGCCCUUCCCCUGCAACAUCUGCGGCAAAAUGUUCACGCAGCGCGGCACCAUGACGCGCCACAUGAGGAGCCACCUGGGCCUGAAGCCCUUUGCCUGUGACGAGUGUGGCAUGCGCUUCACCCGCCAGUACCGCCUCACCGAGCACAUGCGUGUGCACUCGGGCGAGAAGCCCUACGAGUGCCAGCUCUGCGGGGGCAAGUUCACCCAGCAGCGCAACCUCAUCAGCCACUUGCGCAUGCACACCUCCCCCUCCUAGAAGCCAAAGACCCUUCUCCCCGGUCCGAGGGUGCCCUCUGCAGACUCACCCUCGGGAGCCAACGGAAGGAAGGAAGAAAGAAGCACGGAGACCGGGCGGGAGGGGCCAGGACCCCCAGGCCCUGUGGGGGUGGCUCCUGGUGGCACCUCCAGCCAGCCCCCCCCCACACUCAGAGCUUUAAUGGACAGUCUGUACCAAGGGAAGUGAGAGGAGGGAAGCCAACGGGCCCGAGCUCCGAGUGCUCAUUGCUGGUGUGCAGUCUACCUCCCGAUUCCACCUAGGCCCUGGCUCCCCGAGAGGGCCAUUGCAGGGCCUGUGGGAGUGGGUCACAGGGGUCUCGCUGGGACCUUGGCCCCUUUCCCGCAGGCCGGGUCAGAGCAGGGGGCAGUGGGGGCCUCCCUCUGCUGGGGAGGGCAGGGCUGCCCCUCGGCCAGGGGUGGUGUCUGUGUGCGUGCACGAGUGCUUGUCUGUGUGCGGGCCACCCUGGCUCUUUGGGGAGCGGUGCCGGAGGGGAGGAGACAGCCCUCCUUCUUUGAGCCAGGGGUCACUGCUCACUGGCGCUGGGACAGUCAGGGGGGCCCCCACCGCCUACCUCUCCACAGCUAAAGAGCCCUCUGGGCCUGUGUUGCUGUUAUUCCUACUGAUCUGUUCUUUUUUCUUUUUGAAUUUUGUUUUUUAAACCAAAACCAACAAGAGUUUAUUUUCCUCCCGGCCCCUCGGGGCUGAGCCUGGGUCUGCAGACUGAAUGUACAGGGGCAGCUGCCCCUCCCGCCCCUGCCCUGGCUGUGGGCUGAGGGGCGCCCACCCCUCCAGGCCCCAGAAGCCCUUCUUGGCCAAAGGCUUCCCUGGGCCCCGAGCCCUGCCUCGGCUGCCUCAGGAGAGAGAGUGAUUUUCCUAUAGUUUCUGAGGAAUAUUCUUUGUUUAGAGGUACUUCUUUUUUAUUAAGAGAAAAACCAGUGUAACGUUUAUGUGAAUGUUUGAACUGGAAGGUCUGGGAUUUGUGGGGGGAGGGGGGUGGCUGGACUCGAUGCCAGAGCCGUUGGUACUCUUCUUUUUCAUUUUCUGUGUGUGUGUGUAUGUGUGUGUGAGUGUGCGCGAGUGUGUGUGCGUGUAUAUGUGUGUGUGUGGUGUGCAUAGUGCGUGUGGACAGAUAUCGAGCUUUCCUUCCUUCCUUACCGAUCAAGGUGGAGAGACUUCCGACCUUUUGCUACCUCUUGAAUUCACAAGAACAGUACGUUGGUGACUGGCAGUUGAGGCCAUGACACUUGUUUUCCUCCUGUUAGUGCGCACAGGAAGACGCACGUUUGAGUGAGCCAGGCUCUGCUUGGCCCCAGUGGCCGUCCUGGGACCCCCAUCCCCAAGGCUCUCCCGAGAGGGGCUCCUGCGGCUGCAGAGCCACUUGCAUGUGUCUUUUGCCCAGAGCAUAUCGCCAGCUGUGUCCACCCUGUGAGUGUAAUGCGUAUGUUCCUGAGCCUCAGGGAGCCCGUCCGUGCCUCUGAUCUGGGCCUGGGUGAGGAGGGCAGUGAGUGCUCCAGCCCCACGGGAGAUCAGGAUGGGGAGCCUCACUGCUGGAGCCAGCCCCUUGCGGCCCCCUGCCAGGGCCAGGAUGAGGUGGAAGUGAGCCCCCCCCACAUCCUGUCCCUUGGGCCUGUAAGAGCUGGAGCUUGGGAGAGCAGCAGCCCCUGCCCGGCCAGUGCAGAGGCAUGGAGAAGCACUGACCAAAGUGAUGUCUACCCCCUGGGGGAUGGUGUGGGGGGGUGCUGCCCUGUUUUGUCACCUUCUCAGGGCAGUCCUGGCCCCUGGGCUGCCACCAAUUGGCUCAGCCCUGUCUGGAGUCCCUCCCCCUUGCUCCUCACCUUGGGGUUUCUCUGCCAGCCUCAGGCAGCCCUCCAUGGGCCAGGCUCACAAGGCCAGACCAAGGUCGCUGUGGUUGGCCCCACUGUCCUUGGCCGACUGGAUCCAGAGUUGGGCCAGCGGCUUUAUCUUAAUUUUGCUUCAUGCUUUUCUCUUUUUUUUUGUUGUUGUUUUUCUUUAAGUUCAGACCAAAAAAUUCCAGAGUCAUCUUCUCCCCUCACCCCUCCAGAGACCCUCCAGCUGAGAACAGCCCAAGUUCAGGGACCCGAAUGGUGAAGGGUGUGUUUUGCAAGUGAGGGCUUCCGGCUGAGCCCAUCUCUAGGCACCCCCAGCCCCAAGUUGGGUCUUACUCUUUCCGGGUGGGAACUGAGCACUGGACCCAGGGUCUCGUGUUCUGAAAAGUCAGGUGAGGGGACAGGGUCCUCUCCAGGCCUUUCUGCCCUCCCACCCCCACCCCACUCCGUCAGCACUUAAGCCACACGACACAAAGUCUGUAGCGCACGGGAGUUGUACGCACGCCUGGCCUGUGUGUGGCCUCUUGGGCCAUGGGCGGCUACAUCCACGAGGUGACCCGUGGAGUAGGUGAUUGAUUCAUUUGCAGAGCUUCAGGGACUGGGCGCCAAGGCCCCUCACUCAACGACGUUCGUGCGACAUAGUAUUGUACCCACCUGAGUAUUGUAUCGAGCCUUUUCUGUAUUUUAACAAGAAAGCAAAACACUAGUUUCCUAUUUAAGAUUUUAAGGGUUUGUGGGGAGGGGUGGGACUAUUGAACACAACACUUGGUUUUGUUUUCUUUUUCCUUUGAUUUCAUGUGGAGUGUGUGCUUGCGAGUGUGUGCGUGGAAGUGUGUUAAGAGCCUCACAAGGAAAUUAGGCCGUUGGAGGCCAAGGGCGGCUUACAGUUCUCUGCUUUAGUCACUUAAUUCCUGAAUGUUUCGGAGAAACAGGAAACAGAAAUAGCAGAUGUCAUGUAGGAAAGAGAGGAUAUACAAAAAAAAAAACAAAAAACAAAAAAAAAAAAAACAAAAAAGGAAAAAAAAAAAAGCUCAUACCCAAAUUCACAAAACCUAUUUUUUAAACCAAAGCACAUUUUGAAUGAGUAUGGAACCUCAAUGGGCUCAGAAAAAAAAAGAUACUAAUAUAUUUAUCUCAUUGUUUACAUAAACUUUUACAGUUUCAGACCUCAGCAGCUGUAAGGCCAGUCCCAGUGAAUCCCCACCUUCCGCUGGAGGCCCUUCUGAGUCGGCUCACGGGCAGAGGGGCUGUCGUGGGGCCGGGGCAGGCAUGGAGGCCCCCUGGAUUCACCUGAGCCCUCCUCCCCAGCCCCGGGUCUCUCAAAGCCCAGCUGGCACCAAAGAGCUUGGGCCGGUGCUGACUGGCUCCCAGGCCUCCUGGCCGGACCGUGAAGGUCCUGGCCAGCUGGCACAGCAGGGGAUGGCCAUCGGCUCUGGCCGCAGGACCCGAGUCUGGGCUAGGGCCCCGGGAUGGAGGGCCCCCCCACCUCCCACAUUCUGCCCGCGACCCUUGGGGUGGGUUGAUGUGAGGGUCCCUCUUAAGCCAAAAAGCCCCGGGACCUUUGCACAGCUCUGUUGACUCCAGUGGGUCCCCACCCCCACCCCCAGCAGUGAGGAGGUCUUACUGGGCUGGUCCUUACCAACACAGACGGUGCAAACACUCUGAACAGUGUUGUUUUUGUAUCAAUAUGUUUGUGCAGUGAUGAAUGUAUUUAUUUCUCAGACUUGGGGCGAGUGAGCGGCUGGCUCCACCACCGCUCGCUCCCACCAGACCGAGCCACUGCAAGGGCUCCUCCAGGAUUGCAAAAAAGGUAAAAAAGAAAAGACGAACCUUUAAGCAAAUAAGAAUCUCAGAGACUCGCAGCAUAGCCAUACACCUCAGCCUGUGAAAUGAACAAUCUGGACCCAGACGGACUUUUGGAACUUCACGCAGCGUGUGUGUAUUUCCCGUUCGUCACCACUUGGGGGCGCCGGGCUGUCCAGCUGUGCCCCCGCCCCAACCCCGUCAGUAUUCACUGGACUGGGCCGCGUGCAGGAGUGCGAUCUGGGCUGGGCUGGCUGGGCAGGCCGACCCUACCGCCCUCCCUACAGCCGUCCUGAGUGGGGGAGGCCUGGGCAGCCAGGAGGGCAGGGCUCAGGGAAGAGGUGGCUGCAUCCGUCCGCCCCCUCAGCUUGGGGGACGAAAGCACCAGGCCUCCGAAGAACAGACAAGGGAUCUCAGCCCUGCUGUACCCCUCAAAGGGACCAAGGCCCUUGCUCUUCCCCAGAGUCACGUUGGGGCAGAUGUUACUGAACCUGUGAAUCCGAUGCCAGGAGUGAUAGGAUGGAGAGGGACCUAACCAGAGCCUCAGUGUGACAUUCCAGAUCAGGGGGUAGAUGUGCGCUAUGGGAAUUGAGGCUGCCCAGGACCCCCUUCCUAGGACCCCUCCCCCCCCAGCUUCAGUCACCCACUUUAAUUUUGCUACCGGGAACCCCUCCCCCUACCUCACCUUGCUAUUUAUUGCUGUAAUUUAUUGACCUCAGAAAUGCUGCAUAACAGACCUCACUUUGGGGCAGGGAGGAUCUCCAGGGCUCCCCCCCUCCAUUUGGCGGGGGCCCAUGGGGCCAGGUGCUGAGGGGAGCCUCUCUGUAUCCCACCCAUCACUUGUUUUCCCCCUCCCCCCUUGGGGGACCCCAGGUUGGGCACCUGCCCAUUCGCAAAUACCUCGAGGGGGAGGGGGAGGGAUGGGGUUGUAGCUGUUUUGUUUAAUCAGAACUGGAAGAGGGAUCACUGUCCUACUCUAUUCCCUUCCCAGAAGGGGGGGGACACCGUGAUCGCACUCCUGUACUGGCCACCGCCGCUGUCAGUCAUCACAUCGAGCUCACUUCCUUUGAGAGUUUGGAUAAAUUCAGGUCAGAGCUGCAGGUACGCAGCCCUCGAGUGUCAUAGAAAAGCAAUUCACCGACGACUGAUCUCUCCAUUCAGAAGCGUGCAGUCUUAAUGUACAGUGAUGAGAAACUGUUAUUUUAUGAUCUUUUCAUUAAAAGCUUGAUUGAAAACUGU